AACUACAAUGAUUCUCACACGAUAGUAGAUACUAAAAAGAAUUAAAAAAAUUUACCACUUCAAAUAUCGAAUAUAAUUACUCAAAAACUGAGUGGUAAAAAAUAUUUGAGCGUUAUCAUCGUUAGCAGCGAGAAGCUCCUCAUUGAACCACCGUGAAAGAAUGCGAAUCAGGUUUUCCGGCAACCUUUCCUCACUCACUCCGAAGACCCUUCGCCGCCAUUUCUCACAACCACCCCUUCCCACCACCGAUCCCGACAUUCUCACGUCGAAAACUCACGUCCUGGACACCCUAUUGACCCACAGGACCAACCCCAGAUUGGCUCUGGAGUUCUUCAAACAAGUAGUGAGAAAACGAGGCUUCGUCAAAACCAUUGAUGUCUUCUGUCCCCUGCUUCAGAUUCUCGCUUCCAUCCCUGAAACUCGUGGGGCUUUACAGAAUUUGCUCAACAACUAUGUUUCCGGAGAUGCAGUUCCUGCUGCCAGGGUCAUUGUGGAACACUUGCUGGAGUGUGCUGAGAGGUAUGGUUUUCAAUCUGAUUCGCAGGUUUUGAAUUACCUUUUGAAGGGUUAUGUUAGAGCUAACAAGAUCACAGAGGCUGUUGAGUGUUUUAGAGUGAUGUUAGAGCAUGAUGUGAUUCCUUGGGUUCCUGUUAUGAACACCCUUUUGACUGCAAUGGUUAAGAGGAACAUGAUUGAUGGUGCGCGCCAGUUGUUCGAUGAAAUGUUCGAGAGAAAGGUAUACGGUGAUUGCUACACCCUGCAUGUCGUGAUGCGGGCGUGUUUGAAAGGAGGUAGGACUGAGGAAGCUGAGAAGUAUUUUGAGGAGGCCAAGCGCAGAGGUUUGAAACUUGAUGCUGCAGCAUAUAGCUUGUUUCAGGCAGCUUGUAAGAGGCCGGAAUUGAAUAUGGCGUGUAAGCUGUUGAAGGAGAUGAGGGAGUUGGGGUGGAUUCCGUCUGAGGGUACUUAUACGUCUGUGAUUGGUACUUGUGUGAGGCAGGGAAAUGUUGUGGAGGCAUUGAGGCUUAAGGAUGAAAUGGUGAAUAGCGGUGUGCCUGUGAACAUAAUUGUUGCCACAAGCUUGAUGAAAGGGCAUUGUCUGCUAGGCGAUAUAAAUAGUGCGUUGAAGUUGUUUGAUGAGAUUGUUGAGGCUGGUGUCGCUCCUAAUGCGGUUACAUUCUCAGUUUUGAUAGAUUGUAGCUCUAAGAUUGGGAGUAUGGAGAAGGCUUUUGAACUUUACAACAGAAUGAAGCUCAUGGGUAUUCAACCCACGGUCUUCAUAGUAAAAUUUCUGUUAAAAGGGUUCCAGAAACAGAAUAUGCUUGAAAAUGCAUAUAGGUUGCUUGAUGAGGCAGUUGAGCACGGUAUUGCUAGUGUUGUUACAUACAACAUCCUUUUGUCCUGGCUCUGUGGACUAGGUAAGGUUGUCGAAGCUUGUAAUUUGCUGGACAAGAUGAUGAGCAAAGGUGUUACGCCAUCACUAGUUUCUUAUAACCACAUAAUACUUGGUCACUGCAGAAAGGGUUGCAUGGAUGAUGCAUAUAGUGUGAUGAACAGAAUUCUUAAAAAGGGUUUAAAACCAAAUGCUUUAACAUACACUCCUUUGAUAGAUGGUUUUUUUAAGAAGGGUGAUUUUGAGCGCGCCUUUGGGGUGUUUGAGCAAAUGAUGGCUGCAAGCAAACCUACAGAUUACACAGUUAACACCAUUAUAAAUGGCUUGUGUAAAGCUGGCCGAGUUUCUGAGGCACAGGAUAAAUUGAACAGUUUUAUCAAACAGGGUUUUAUUCCUACUUCUAUGACUUAUAAUAGCAUCAUAGAUGGGUUUGUCAAGGAAGGUGCAAUGGAUUCUGCAUUGUCUAUCUACAGGGAGAUGAGCAAAAGUGGAAUUUGGCCAAACAUUAUUACUUAUACUAGUUUGAUGAGUGGAUACUGCAAAUGCAAUAAGAUCGAUCUUGCUUUGGAAAUGCUUAAUGAUAUGAAAAAUAUGGGUUUGAAAUUGGAUAUUACUGCAUAUAGUGCUCUCAUUGCUGGUUUAUGCAAAAUGCAAGACAUGGAAAGUGCAAGCAAAUACUUCUCUGAGCUCUUGGAGAUUGGUUUGACCCCAAACACAAUUGUUUUUAACAGCAUGAUCACUGGCUUCAGAAAUUUGAAUAAUAUGGAAGCAGCAAUUAACUUACACAAGAAAAUGAUAGAGCAUAAGAUUCCAUGUGAUUUGCAAACAUACACCACACUGAUUGAUGGACUUCUAAGAGAGGGAAAACUGACUUUUGCUUUAGAUCUUUACUCAGAGAUGCUUUCCAAGGGUAAUGUGCCUGAUAUCAUUAUGUAUACAGUUCUGAUCAAUGGACUCUGUAACCAUGGACAACUAGAAAAUGCAGACAAGAUUCUAAAGGAAAUGAAUCGGAAUAAUAUAACUCCUCCUGUUCUUGUUUAUAACACUUUAAUUGCUGGGCACUUUAAGAAGGGGAAUCUGCAAGAGGCUUUUAGACUGCAUGAUGAGAUGCUUGAUAAAGGUCUGGUGCCUGAUGACACUACAUAUGAUGUUCUUGUAAACGGAAAGCUAAAAGGAUACUGCACACAAGAUAAAGGCAAUAUGCAUUGUUCACAAUGAGACCGCAGCUGGGGUCACCAGUAACUUGGCCAAACUUUGGAGAAGCUCUGGAUCUUGAAAGGGAGGCUAUUAGCAGAACUGGUUAUAAUGAGAAAAUUACUAUAGCCCUUAUUUGCAGACUGAACUUUUAGCAGAUCUGCAUCAUAGCUGGUUUGAGGCACAAGAACUUGGUGCAGCUUCAAGGUUGGUGUGCUGAGAAGGGUGAGUUGCUGCUGGUGUAUGAUUUCAUGCCCAAUGGGAGCUUGAACAAGAUGCUUUACAAGGAGCCUGAUAGUGCUCAGAGGCCUUGCAUGAGAAGGGUUUUGCAGAUUCUCCACAAUGAAGCUACUCCUUGUGGUGCCAAAAGUGAAGCCAAGCCCUCACUUUUACCCUUGAGUAUUGACAAAAUUGUUUCAGGUGCUGACAGUGACGAGUUUAAUACCAACCAGGCCAUGUGUGAGAUCUAAAUUGGCCGAAGUUGCGGAACUUAUAUUCAUUUAAUUCUUUAAUUUUAUUUCCCUAGGGAGUUGUUGUAAUGUUGAUAUUCUAUAGUAAUAUGAAAUACCAUAGAAAAAGUCAUAGUUCA